GCGGGCGGUGGCGCCCCGGCAGCGCUCCCUCCUGCCGUGGCGGCCGGUGAGCGGCGACGGGGCGGGCUGGGACCCUCCGCAGGGCCGCCUGUGGCGCUCGAAUGGGCGGGCUUGUCUCCGGUACCCCCCCGGGGGCGAGCGUUUCUGGAAAUACAAGCAGCAACCUCCUCCAUCACUUGUUGGCGCUGAGGCUGUGAAUCUUCUGGUCGAGAAGAAAGACUGACGAGUCCCCCUCAGCUGGUAGCGUGAAGUCAUGGCUAUCCUGUUCGCUGUUGUGGCGAGGGGCACAACCAUCCUUGCCAAACAUGCCUGGUGUGGAGGAAACUUCCUGGAGGUGACAGAGCAGAUCCUGGCAAAAAUACCAUCUGAAAACAACAAACUGACCUAUUCACAUGGGAAUUAUCUAUUUCAUUACAUCUGCCAAGACAGGAUUAUAUACCUCUGCAUCACAGAUGAUGACUUUGAACGAUCCAGAGCCUUCAAUUUCCUGAAUGAAAUCAAGAAGAGGUUUCAGACCACCUAUGGCUCGAGAGCGCAGACAGCCCUUCCCUACGCAAUGAACAGCGAGUUCUCCAGUGUCUUAGCCGCACAGCUGAAAUACCACUCGGAGAGCAAGGGCACUGACCAGGUGGCAGAGACGCAAGCUCAAAUCGAUGAACUCAAAGGAAUCAUGGUUCGAAACAUAGACCUCGUGGCCCAAAGAGGAGAGAAGCUGGAGUUGCUGAUCGAUAAAACGGAGAAUCUUGUGGAUUCAUCGGUCACUUUCAAAACUACCAGCAGGAACCUUGCUAGAGCCAUGUGUAUGAAGAACCUCAAGCUUACCAUCAUCAUCAUCAUUGUAACAAUUGUUAUCCUCUAUAUUAUCCUAUCGACUGCCUGCGGUGGGCUGGCGUGGCCGAGCUGUGUGCAGAAGUAACUGGAGGCAGCUGGUGCUGGUCACUUGGAGAUGAGAAUCGCAGGAGUGGGAAGAAGCAACCUACAGAAUAACUCUUAAUCUUUCACUACUGACACCUUCUCAUUCUUCCAUCCCUCCAGGACUUCAGACUUUUUUGCCUUAUCACCCCAAACAGGCCCAGCUGGUCCCUGCUUCUGUGCAGCUGGAACCUCGAGAAUGGGCUGUUUUAAAUUACUUGAAGGGAUUAUUAUUAUUUUUUUUUGGUUUCUUCUCCUGUCCCAACUACACCCUUCUCAGCUGGUUGGGCGGCAUGUCUGGCUCUGAGGGUUCUGUGCAUGCUCACCCGUGUGGCUUCGCACUUUCACGUGAGGGUGCAAGCGGAGGAGAGCACUGCGAGGGACCGUCCUGCCCCCAAGGGUGGCAUUGAGGGGGGCUCAGGUUGGGCUGAGCCCGACUAAUAGGGGAGGGACAAGAUGGGUGGACGUGAAUCUCCACUUUCUACAGAUUUGGGAGCUGCAGGUGCCUCUCUGUGCGUGUCUGGCCUCUUGUGGGUCUGUAGCGUUUCGACAGGGAGAGGUUGUGAGUGUGAUACUGGUAGUACCAAACAGAAGGGCUCUUGGGCUGGGGCUUUGCGCGCACUGUAAGGUGUAGGUGCUGCUUCUGUAUGAAAUCUCCCUUGCCCUGGAGGUCUCCCUGCGGGCGGUAGGAGAAGGGUGUUGGGUCACCUCAGCAUUUUGGAAUGGCUGCCUCUUCAUCCUCACUUCUCCCUCAUGCCCUCCCCUUAAUUUGUGGCUAAAUCAAUACAGUAAAGGAGAUGGUUGCAUAUAGUUAAGGUUGCAGUAAUGUAUCUGCUUCUCACAUGUUAUGUCUCCUGUUCUUUUGAGGGUAGAUUAAUGAAUGAAUAACUGAUGUUAUCACUUGCGAAGGUGAAAUUGGGGGCCAAUCUAUUGAUCUGGCUUGAUGAGGUGUCGGUUAUCUGCUGCUUGUGCUUCCGCACUGAAGGCGUGUGCUGACAGCUGGGGACAGAGAAGGGACAGGCGGUUGGAGCUGAUGAGUUACUUUCUCUGUGGUCUGAAGAAGAAAGGCUCUUUCCGAGGAUGCAGUAACAAGUACUCCUCCGAAAAGGAAAACUAAAAAUGCAAACCAAACAAAGCCAAGCCCAAGGCUAAUCACCAAACGUAGGAUCAGGGAUGCUGCUGCUGUGCUGCUCCAGGGGACAGGGGCAGCUUUCCCUGCUCUUGGAAGCUGUGAAGGCUGCAUCUGUCCCAGCUGGACGUCCACGUCCUCAGCUGGUCCUGGCUGAGUGGGGCCAAAGUUGCUGUUGCCUGGGGUGAGGGGUACGGGGGCUACUGGCUCAUUUCCAGGCUCACUUCCAAGAGAAAUGGAGACAACUGAAAUCUCCUAAAAGUAUCAAACGGGCUACGAAGGCAGCUGCAUCUUUUUGGCCCAGGGAAGUGGCUUCUAAGGGCGGGUGGAGGCUGUGGAGGGAUGGGAAGGGGAGGCUCUGAGCACUUGGUUGGUGCGGCAGGUUCCCAGUAGCUCUGGCAGUGCCAUGACGUGAAACCGCUGCUCCUCCACCUGCUUUUCCUGGUUCCACUGACUGUGGAGUGCUCCAGCAGGUGUCAGAUAAAGAGUUCUCCUCUGAACUUGCAUGCUCCUUUGGAUUUGUCUUCUACUCGGCUGAACUUUAACUGAGGGUACUGGGAUCUCGACGUGCAGAGAGCAUCAGUGGGGCUGACCAGAGCUCUGGUCACUGGUUUCCAUUUGAGGUAAUCGAAUGUAAAGCUUAGAGAAAGAUUUUCCUUCCUCUUCCCUCCUGCUCUUACAGCCACCGCCAGUUCAGUGUACAAUUGUGCAUGUUUUAGGGAUUGUUGAUGUUACCGUGUUCAUUUCUAUGAUUUGUCGUCUUACGUAUAAAUACUUUUUAAAGAAAAUACUUCCUUUCCUUUUAAAGGAUGCACUGAGGCAUUAGUGUAAAAACAAAGUUAACUUGAUUUAAAUAAAAUUCCUGUACAGAAA